GACUGGAUAUAUUUCCCUGCUUCUCUCUGGUCGCUACAACGGGGAAAUGAAAUUACUGGCCAAAAGGUUUUAUUUACAAUUAUUAAACGUAAGCACGGGUAACCAGACCAAUUGAAACCUGUCCUGUCUGUCCGCCGCAUAUACGCACAAACACACACACUCUCCACAACACACACAAGUGUAGGUCUUCACUGUACAACACGCACCUACACUCAACAAACAGACCAUUGUUUUUAAAGUGUGUAGAGCCGACGUGAAUUAUGUCCCUCAAUGUGUACCCACAAGUGAGGCUUUUAUUCUGCAAAUAUGACAGGAAGUGUUUUCUCCAUCCGGCUACUGGUGGGUUUGGAGCCAAAAUGGAUAUCUUGAAUAGCUGCUCUAGUAUGAGUGAGUUGUUGUUUUUGUAGUCGUGUGUGCUGCAUUGUGAAAGUAUGUGAACCCCACUGCCACAGAUACAAGGCGUUAUGGGUCGGAGCAGUAGCAGUUUGAUCUCCGAAGGUGUUCCAGUAGUGGCCGUGUGCCUAGCUGGCUUGCUCCUCAGCAAUGCCUUGAUCUACCUGUAUCUGGAUUCUUUGUAUCAAACCGAUGAACAGCUGGUUUCAUCUCAUGUACGCCACAUGCCUCAGCAUUUUAAAAUCUCGACCAUGAAAAACUUCACCCCUUGGCUCCAGUGUUCACAGAUAGAUGCCGAAGUACGCAAGGUGAAGCUGAUUGGCCAAGGAGCUGUUAAAAAGGUCUAUUUGGCGGAAUGGAGAGGUCAGAAGGUGGCUUUGUCCAAACUGUCCUCUCUGGAUUACCUUGAGGAUUUCCUCCAUGGAUUGUCUAUGCUACAGCUCCUGAGGGGCCCUCAGGUGGUGCAGCUGGUGGGGUUUUGCCAGGAAGACAACACCCAGGUCACGGAGCACCAUCCACAUGGCUCACUCCUUAACUUGGAAGGUGUUCUUGCACAAGGGCAGCACCAGCAACACAACACAUGGCAGGUCCGGUUGAGGCUGGCUAUAGACUAUGUCCUCAUCCUGCAUUACCUCCACAACAGCCCAGCUGGGCGGCGGGUCAUGUGUGACUCCAACAGCCUGGAAAAAACCUUGUCCCAGUUUCUGCUGACAAGUGACUUUCACCUGGUGGUGAACGAUCUGGAUGCGCUGCCUGAAGUGGACAUAUCCAAAGGCCUGGGGGUCAAAUGUGGUCAUCGGGAGCUCACUGGGGACUUUGUUGCCCCAGAGCAGCUGUGGCCCUUCAGAAACACUGGUAGGCCAUUUUCAGAUGAUCUCAUGCCUGAGUACGAUGAGAGAACAGACAUCUGGAAGAUCCCUGACGUGACAUUGUUCCUAAUGGGAAGGGUAUCUGGAGGGGAUGUAGUCCAUUUCCAUCUCUUUCAGAUCCACCAGGAGUGUAAGAGGGAAGACCCCAGGCUCAGGCCUUCAGCUCUGGAUGUGUCCAAGGUGUACCAAUCAGUGUACAGCAGCAUGGUGCAAGACAGUGUUGGCUUUAAAGAGCUGUAGAAUAUGUGUGUACAUGUGUGACUCGCUUAAAAAACCUGAACGUUAAAUGUAAGCUACAGUUUCUCAAUGCUGUAUAAUAAAGUACUCUCUUGCUGAGGCAAUCCCUCAAUUUAGCCAGAUACGUAGCUCCGAUGGACUAAGGUGGACCUUUUAUGCAAACAGGGAUAUGAACUUGUUAAAGGAAACUGUAACAUGUGUUGUUUGUCAAGGUUGCUACAUUUGAGGAAAUAAUUUUAAGAUGUACAAAGUAUUGGAAUACCUACCUACAGGAAAUCGUUUUUCAGAGAUCUCACUAGUGUGCUUCAUAAAACUUCACCUGCCUCCAUGUUUACCCCGCCCAUUGUUUUGUUUCUGAUAUACCUGUCCCGUGUUCAUGCGAAGGAUACCUGAGAGUAGAAAACAAUUGUCGGUAACAUCUGAGCUCCAUAUGAGCCAAGAACACAGCAUUAACAAAGAGAGACUAACCACGGGACAUGGCAAAGAGGACGCUGACAGCACAGAUACAGACAGGACAGAGCAGCCCAGAGAAACAACAUGACUUUAAAACAUUGUGUGGGAUGUAUUUCCUGUUUGAUAGGGACAAUCUAAUAUGAUAGUUUUAAUCCAGCUGUACAGAGAGCUUGAAGUUACAUGUGCUGUUACGGUACUUGAACUGGGAGUGAUUCAAAAUGACCGACUCACACUUUAGCAAUGAUUUUUUUCACAUGUAUUAAAUACAUUUUCUUGAAUAUAGGAUGUCACUAAACAAGUCCUAAAAUUGUCCCUAUAAGGUCUGUUAAGAAUGUCAAUUGAUUUCUGCUUCAAUGUUUCUUUAACCAUAUACAAUAUGACGGUUUGAUUGUACAUUACUGUACAGGGAAGGUCAGCUCUAAUAACAUUGUACACACUAAAAAUGUCCUUAAUUCUUUUACAUUUUGUAAUGUUAUGAAUACAUGUUUUUCUUCAUAAGUUUGCUGAACAUAUGUGAACAAUGUUUAUGUCACAUUUCAGGAUGACCCAGACUAUGACCAUCUAAAACGUUCAAUUGUUUUACUAGUGUGUAGGUUAAGUUUAUUAUUUAUUACUACUUGAGUGAGAGAUACUGAGAAGGUGUUUGAAGCUGAAUGGCAUUGCGACGCUCAGGGACGCAGCAGAGCCAACAACUACCUGCUGGUUCCUUGCUGACAGCUGUAAACCUUGAUAUGAAUGCUUUGGCAUGUGCAGUUGGUGCAAUUUGGACUGGGACAGUUGGCCUCAUGCAGAGAUACCUUUUAGCAAGGCAGCAGCUGCUAAGUGUCUCUGACUUGUCUCACUCAAUGCAUGUUGUAACCUCCUGUUUGUUUAUGAGUGAAACAAUUUCCAAAAUAAACAAAUAGUUUCAGA